GAAACCGCUUGAGCGGAACGUUUGUCUCGGGCGACGCAGUUUCCGUCCGGGCCGCGGGACGAACGGACCAUCGGACCCACUUGCGAGCGGCGCCCGUUUGGGCACGGCGGCUGUCAUGGCGGCCUGAGGCGAGGUACGGCCGAGCGGAGAAGCAGUCGGGGGAGAACGGCAGCUGCCCGGGAACAUGUGCAGCCACCAACUCCCUUAAAUGCAGCCUUAUGUGGUAACCAGUUGUGUGUGGUAACCAUUUUUUCCUCCUAGUCUGUAUUUCUGAGCACACUGGAGCCUGAAGUAACACUGGUUAUUUCUGCCUCUGGUAUACCUGGACAGAAACUCUGCUUCUACAAUAUCCAGUGGAGACCCUUCUCACUUUCUUUGCAAGCCCCUGAGUGGCUUAAACACUGAGAAUGGCAGGGGAGCAAAAACCAGCCUCCAAUCACCUGGAGCAGUUCAUUUUAUUGGCCAAAGGCACCAGCGGUUCAGCUCUGAUCGCUCUCAUCAACCAAGUGCUGGAGGCUCCGGGGGUUUAUGUCUUCGGAGAACUACUGGAAUUGACCAAUGUGCGAGAGAUUGCCAAAGGGCCCAAUGCUGCUUAUUUCCAGCUGCUGAAUCUCUUUGCCUAUGGAACCUACCCAGAUUAUGUUGCGAACCAGAACAACCUGCCAGCUUUGACGAGGGCCCAGAAGAACAAGUUGAAGCACUUGACCAUCGUCAGCUUAGCGUCCAGGAUGAAGUGCAUCCCUUACUCAGUGCUGCUGAAAGAUCUGGACAUGCGCAACCUCCGGGAGCUGGAAGACCUGAUUAUUGAAGCCGUUUACACUGACAUCAUCCAAGGCAAACUGGAUCAACGGAACCAGGUGCUGGAAGUGGAUUUCUGCAUUGGGCGGGACAUCCAAAGGAAGGACAUCAGCAACAUCAUUAAAACCCUCAAUGAGUGGUGCGACGGGUGUGAGGCCGUCCUGUUAGGAAUCGAACAGCAGGUCCUCAGAGCCAACCAAUACAAGGAGAACCACAACCGGACUCAGCAACAGGUGGAGACGGAGGUCCUGAACAUCAAGAAGACCUUGAAGGCCACCGCAUCCUCCUCCUCCUCUGCCCAAGAGAUGGACCAGCAGCUGGCCGAGCGGGAGUGUCCUCACCCAGAGCAGAGGCAACCCACCAAAAAGAUCUCCAAGGUCAAAGGGCUGGUCUCCAGUCGCCACUAGUGCCCGGAGCUGCUGCCGGGGGGGUGGGGUGGGGGGAGCUGCUGAUGGGGGCCCUGAGUGACUCUGGAGGAAAGGGGUCUGGGCCUCCCUGGUCUACCUGCCUCCUCCCACUCCCCCCCCUCCCCACAACCCCCUUCCAGCAGCUUCUGAGCCAGUUGAGACACUGCCAACAUUCUCUCCCAGAGCUUUGCGUUAGGACUUUGGGGGGGAGGGAUCCCUGUAUUUGGAGGGUCAGAUGCUGAGUAAGGAGGUGGUCACCCUUUGGGGGUCACUCCCACGAGGAGUUGUGUUCCUUGGCAGCAGCGCACUUCCCCGCGGGGCGGGGUGGGGCGGGGUUGGGAGGUUGGGUUUUCCGGCCAAAGGCGUGUGUGACAUCCCUGCCUUCGCUGCUCGUUCUUCGUCUCUUUGGCCUUGAUCUUCGAAGUCAACUCUCUACCUCAGUGGUCCCCAACCGUUCCGGCAGCCGGAGGGGGGGGGGAGAAGAGGGGAUAGUUCUGGGCGAGCGGUGGGUAAGCGUGAGCACCGCUCCAUUUGCGCGAGCCAUGGCUACGAGCGCCCGCCUCUGGCACAAGUGGAGGUGCAUUCGCGCGCUUGCCCGUCCCAUUUGUGGCCCGGUGGUGAAUUGCACCACAGCCCGGUAACUGGUCUACGGCUUGGGGGGUUGGGGACCCCUGCUCUACCUCACGCUGGCGGGCACCGGGCAUGUUUACUCACCAUCCAUCAGGCGCUCCUUCGAAGCCCAGGCGCUCCUACCUGUGACAGCUCAGGCCACUUCCUUGACGCCGAGGAAGGAGGGAGGGAGGGAGGGGGAGCGAAAAAGCUGCUAUUUCAACCUCCUUUCCAGCCCCACUUCUGUACCUUGGACCACCAAAAGGCAGGGCUGCCCAAUGGAUAGCGCCCCAUUCCUCCCUCAUCCCCCCCAUCCCCAUCUUGUGUUCUGUGCUACCGGUUUGCUCCCUGCUGCAGCUUCUUGAACGUGGCGCGUGAGGCGCCAGGGGGGAUCCAUCCAAGAGGUCCUCUCCUCCCCCCCCCCGCCAUCCUUUGCGGAUCCAGAACCCUUAAUUUGGGCAACGGAGGUUGAGAACUUGAAAUUCCUUUCUAGUUGUCUUUGACACACACACACACACACACACACACACACACACCUUCUUUUGUACGUUUCUUAAGACGGUUUGGACAUUUCAGCUUUUUUUGCUUCUUCUUUUUUUUUUUUAAAUUUGAUACCUGUUACAGACUCGCGCAAGGUGACUUGAUCCGAAGAAUUGUUUUCUAUUAAAAAAAAAAAUGAUAGUCACCCCUGAAA